AUGAAAACUAUCAUUAUAUUCUUAACCUUCGCUGCCAACUACUGCUACAGUGAUGUGAUUCGGACUGUAUACUGUAAGAAUCAGUGCACAGAUUAUCUUGGAAUUCCGGAAAAUUCGAUGCCAUUAUGCGCACCAGAACACCUGAAGUUGAAAGAAUGCGGAACUGUAAUUACUUGUGACUGGACUGAGGCUGAACGCGACAAAGUGCGACCGGUGGCGAACGUCACUGCCGAUAUGCUGUGCUGCUAUCGCACCACUAUUAAAGAAAAAGGCGAUUGUGGUGAUGCGAUACCAGCUGUAGAACCGGAACCGGAGUCAGCGCAUGAACCAGUGACUGCAUCGGAUUUUUGUACAAUUCAUUUCCUACCAUGGAUCUUAUGCAUCAUCUUACUGAUCGUUGUGACUCUUCAGGCAGUUUACAUAGUGAAGUUGAGCAUUUCUGGACCAUCACAUCAAAAAGUCACACAGUCGGAUGUCCCAUACCUACCACAAAUGGUCAUCUCACAACCGCUUAUCGACACUCGACUUCUCAGUACUACAACCGUAUCCGAAUAA